AUGCGCAGGAUCUCGCGACUCGCCUAUCCACGUUCAACAUUGAACUACAGCCGCAUUCUCAUCAGGAAGAAGGCCACUAUGUCUGCAACUUGUGAUGCUCUUGUUCUUCCUGUAUUCGCCACGGAAUUCACAGAGGCGCCUACGUCUUACAAGUCGUCGGUCAACUUGUCCAACCUAUGGUCGAAAACGCAUGGCAAGACUACCAAAGCUCUGGAAACAAGAGUAUUUCAUCAAGAGAGUGGACCGAUGCUUUCAGUGGUCUCACUAGGAAAAGAUGCAGGUACUCCGAAUGCAGUAAGGGAAGCCGGUAGAAAGGCGAUCGCUACUGGGGUCAAGGCCGCGCGUGACUCUGGAGCACGAUCCAUUGGCAUUGUGACUGGAAAAUUGGAAGAGCAUGAUGCAGGUGAGCUUGAUAGCUUCCUUCGUCAAGACGAUCAUCUAAUGGCUUCAAAGCUGUGGCCGCUAAUUUGGCGAUCUUUGAUUUCACACUCCAAACAAAGGAGAGAGAUCCUAUUCCUUCUUUGGAAUGUGCAUCUGCCACACCUCAAGCAGCUUCGGGAUUGGGCUGGAAGACUGGCUCGCUUUAUGCAGAAGGUCAAAAUCUUGCAAGACAAAGGUACUGCCGAGCCUGCCAAAUUCCUAGAAAUGUACGCCUGUUCACCUACCAAGAGAGCCUACUCACACCUAUACCAGCUGAUUCCUGUAGGGGUGACAUUUGAUAGUGGAGGAAUCUCGAUUAAACCCGGAGCUAACAUGAAGGCAAUGAGAGGAGAUAUGGGCGGAGCUGCGACUGUCCUUGCUACCUUGAUUACAAUCGUCAAGCUUAAGCUACCCAUCAAUGUCGUUCUUGCCACUCCAUUAACGGAAAAUAUGCCAGGAGGGAGAGCUACCAAGCCUGCUGGGGAGGCAGAAUACGACCGUGUUUGGAGAAUGCCACUAGACGAAGACUUUGGACCCCAGAUUUACAAGUCUAAUGCCGAUCUAUGCAAUACAGGAGGUCGAUCCGGGGGAAGCUGCACUGCAGCAUUAUUUCUGAAGGCAUUUGUGGAAGGAAUAGAAGGUGUAGAUGGCCAAAAACCCAAAUUACAAUGGGCACAUAUUGACAUUGCAGGUACUAUGGAGGUAAGGCAACAAGCAUUUCUACAGAUCAGCAUUAACUUUGAUCAGGCGACGAGGGCGGGACCAUAUCAAAAGACAGGCAUGACGGGAAGAGGUGUACGGUACGUUCUAUCCCGGUUCCAAUCCAUCAUAAUAUAUGCCUAA